CUAUGAGACCAGGUUGUCCAGUGAAUCUCUGUCAACGUUUCCAUCUCGCCCUAUUCGGUAGCCUACCUAGGCUAAUAAACUAUGCACGUUAAAACCCGUGGAAACCAAACCUCCCGUUCCAUCCUCAUCACAGCGUCCGGUGAACUGCUAUCAUGGAGCCGAAAAAUAACGGGACAAGGAUGUAUUUUUGAUAAGGACGUCUCUGCUACCGUCUUUUCGUUUCGGGUGGUGAAUUCCGUGUUCGUGUCGGAUUAGCCGCGAUGAGACAGUGGAACUGUCAUUUUGUUGUCUUGGAUUAGUACUGUUAGAAAAUAUGAGAUUACAUCGGCAUUUCUGCAGUGAAACAAAAAUAUCCUGACAAAUUUAGUUUGAUUCUGUUACCAGAAGGUUUGAUGUAAUGUAUAUAUCAGUUUGAUUACAUUUUGUAUCAUUGACGAACUGAAAGUGCUGCAGCCCCUGCCGCAGACAGGGACAUUGUUACAACGACAAUGACAAUGGAUUUUUAUCUGCGCUCAUCACAAGUGAAAGACGUCUCUUCCUUAUUAUAUUCCCUAUUGACUAUGUUUGAUUACAGUCUAUAUUCUUUAGAUGACAUUGAAUAGAAGUCAACGCGUUGAUAUAGAUGUGAUUGCGCUCUUUCAAAGCACUGCAAUGCGAUGGUAUACCCGUUUCUGUAAUGCGGUUCUUCAUCGAGGAUGCAACGAGGAGUUUUUACCAACAGCAAUAUGGCACAAUGCACUGGUUUAUGUAUUAGGCUAAUAUUGACCUGUUUAUGUUGAAGAUAACUUUUUUAAUACAUUUAGCUAUUUUAUUAGCAUCCCCAUUAGUUGUUGCGAAAGCAGCACAUUGAAGAAAACUACAUGAACAUUGCUCAGCUAAAUCAUUUCAAUCAAUUGGUUUAUUGAUGGAUUAUUGAUAUCCAACCUGUUGGUACAAGACACUUUAUUUUAUUGCCUGAGCAACCAGAACAGACACAAUCCCCACCCCAAAGUUAAACUGAAAGCAGAUAUUAUCUGUGAUGUUGGACGUCAAAAUGAAGGAAGUGUGUCGGAUCUGUGCCCGCGAGCUCUGCGGUAACCAACGGCGAUGGAUCUUCCAUCCGGCCUCCAAACUCAACCUGCAGGUGCUGCUGUCCCACGCCCUGGGCAGAGAGCUGACCCGCGACGGCCGUGGGGAGUUCGCCUGCUCCAAGUGUACCUUCAUGCUGGACCGCAUGUACCGUUUCGACACAGUGAUCGCCCGUGUGGAGGCCCUGUCUCUGGAGCGCCUGCACAAGCUGCUGCAGGAGAAGGACCGGCUUAGACAGUGUAUAGGAGGCCUGUACCGGAAGAACAACCCUCAGGACCAGACCCUGGAUCAGACUGGGAUGGGGAUGCGGCUGGGGGGUACUGGGGAAGGAGAGACAGAGGGUGCUGGGCGGUCUGAGGGUGACUCCUCUGUAGUGGACCUGUCAGCCCUGCAGGAGGCCAGGUACAGCGCCCUGCUCCAGGACGACCUGGCCUACUCUGUGUACGAGUCCUGGGCCGACCACGAGGACCAGCAGAGCCCAGCCCCAGACCCCCAGCACCACACCCAGCAUCAUCACCCUCAGUGCACGGGAUUGGAGGCUCUCUCUGGGCAUCGCUCCAGGCGGUGCAGGGGAUGCGCCGCUCUCCGUGUGGCCGACUCUGACUACGAGGCUGUGUGUAAGGUCCCUCGGUGGGUGGGCAGGAGGAGCACGUCUUGUGGACCCUCUACUCGGUACUCAGGCAGCACCAUGGGUGGCGAGGAGACCUCCACAGGGUCAGAGUCCACGCCCGUCCCCUCCGAGUCCCCUCCCAUGGAACCAGAGAGCGACAGGACGCUGUGUGAUGGGGACCCAGAGAGGAUGACCCUCAGCCCGGGCACGUCGGUUGAAUCUCUGGACACAGCUGUGGACGUGGCUCGGCCCUGUGCCACCCACCGAGAGGAAGAGGAGAGAGAGAGAGGAGAGAAGGACCCAGGGAGGGUUCAGAGGAGGGGCCCGCACCUCCAGUGGGAUGUGGCCCCCAGGGACAAGUCAGUCUCUGGGUUGACCCUGGAGCUGGCGCUAAGUCUAGUGAGGAACUGGGAGUACAGACCUCUAAAGUCCCCUCAAGGCAGCCGGCUCCCUAUCCUAGUUAAACCCAAACUGGAGAUGGGUCUCCCCCAGUCCCUCAGGACCCCAGACUAUGAGCUCUACUCCCACCCUGCCAUCCCAGAUCUGGUGACCCCCAGCAGUCAGCAGGAGCUGCAGACAGAGCUGUCAGCGAUGGAGGAGCAGUGGUUGGAUGACUAUGUCCAGUGUGGGCCCUUCCGCUUCCAGCAGAGGCUGCUAGAUGAGCAGCAAGGCAAGCUGUCGCAGUAUGAGAGUGCUGCAGGUCACUGUGUUAGUGAGCUCCAGAAGGCCCAGCUCCAGGUCCACUCUCUACAGGCCAAGAUCAGCGAGAGCGAGGCCAGGAACCAGAAGCUGCAGGUGCGACUGGGGGACAUGGAGUGUGAGCUGCGCUUGGUCAGAGAGGAGACACAGAGACAGGAACGAAACGGCCUCAACCUCACUGACACUAUCAACAGCAAGGACACUGAGGCAGCAGAGUUGUACCGAGUCAUAGAGGAACAGAACGACAUGCUGUGUUCUCUCAAAGACCUGGCCAACAGAAACCAGGUCCAGACACGACAGGUGUCUGGGGCCGAGUCAGUGCGAGGGCAGGGGAAGGUGCUGGCCCUCCAGGGCUCUCUGUUCCAGGCCCAGCUGGAGCUGCAGGCAGGCCAGAGGGCCCAGCGGCAGGCUAUCAGGAAGGAGGAGGACCUCACUAGAGCCCUGAUCCGCCUGGAGCAAGACCUGCAGGGGGCCAUGGAGCACAGACACAGCACUGACAGACACAACCAGGACUUGCAUCUGGCGCUGGAGAAAGUUCGCUCAGAGCUGCAGCAGAGAAAGGAACAGCUGAAUGAAAAGGAAGGAGAGAGACUGAGAGAGGAGGAGGACAUGGAGAAGACAAUCAGAGAGCUGAGGAUCUCGCUUCAGAGCAAAGAGCAGCUUGUGCAGGAGUACACAGAGUUGUUGGACCAGCAACAGGGGCCCAAACUCCUCUCCAAACUGAAAGAGCGCAUCAAGGAGAGGGACAGAGCACUGGAGCGAGCGGUGGAUGAGAAGUUCCACUGUGUGGAGGAGAAGGAGGGAGAGAUACGACGGCUACAGCUGCUGCUCAGAGAGAAGAAGAGAGACCUGGAGAGACAACGCUGUGUACUGUCCAACAACGAAGAGACCAUCAUGAGUCUGGAGGUGCUGGUGCGUGGGAAGGGUCUGGAACAGGAGCAGGUGUGUGAGGCGUGGAGGAGUGUACAGCGCCAUCAUGCGGACAGUGAGGAGAGACACAGCCGCAGCUUGAGAGAGAGAGAUGCACUCAUCAGCCAGCUACAGAACGCCCUGCACACACGCACCAAGGAGGCUGAGGACCUGACUGGAGCCUUGCUAGGUAAGGUGAAGGCAGGACCCAGUGAGGUGGUGGAGGAGCUGAAGGCUCGCCUCUCUCUGAAGGAGAAACUGUUCCAGGACCUGCUGUCCGACCGUAGCCGCCAGGCCCAAGAGCACCACACACUGGUUCAGGACCUGCUCGACUCCAUCAGCACCAGGGACCAAUACAUCCAUGACUCAGCAGGUCGUCUGGGUGAGGUGAUGAGUGAGCAGACUGUACGUCUCCAGGAGCUCCGCAGACAGCUAACUUCUGGCUCCCAGGCCUACGGGUCUCAACUAGACCUCCAGGGUCCAGGCCUCCAGGGUCCAGACCUCCAGGGGACCAGCCAGAACUUCCAGGCCCUGCAGGAGGAGCUGCGUCUGGCCCUGAUGAGGGAGAGGGAGGCCCAGGCUGAGAUCACAGCCCUCAGGACCAUGGCAGGCCAGACAGACAGGCCAGUCAACAGGCAGGCAGAGUUUGGAGAAUUCAGCUCAGAGGAAGAGGAUGAUGUCAACAGUGACUAUGCAGACAGCAUGGAGGAAGAGGAGUCCAAACUGACAGCCCAAACCCUAGCCACAAUGCAGAACCCAGAGCUUCAUGGACCUGGGAAAGGGAAGCUAUCCCAGGAUCCUGUGGGAGAGGGCCAGGGGCUGGUGGAGGUGAAACAGCUGGUGCAACAGAAGAGGGUGGUGGAGAGAGAACUGAUGGAGGUGAAACAGCUGGUGCAACAGAAGAGGGUGGUAGAGAGAGAACUGCAGGAGCUAAAGGUUCAGCUGGAAAAGGCUGGCUUCUCCUCCCUGGCCCAGAUGAGGAAAGCCCUCUUCAGCCUACGCAUGGAAAAUAAGGAGCUGAAGUCUCACCAGACAGAGAGACAGCCAGAGACAGACCUUAGGCAUGAACAGAUUCUUCAGGAGGAAGAGGAGGAUGAAGAAGAGGUGGACGAGGAGGAAGAGGAGGAGGAGCUGUGUGGGUCUGAGCUGUGGGAGUCCUGGGAUGAUGAGUGUCCGUCCCAGGGGAAGUGCUGUGCCCCCAGGCCCACCCUGAGAGACCCUGGCCUGGGGAGGAGACACUGCACUAGGCCUGUAUCUCUGGACCCGGGAGCCAUGCUGUCCCACUCCACACAGGAUGAGGAUGAUGAUGAGGAGGAGGCAGGAAGAGAGGCUGGAGGCAGGCGGCACAGUGCCACAGAGACCGUUGUGGUUGAGCAGGCUGUAUGUCUGCAGCUAGAGAGCAAGGAGCUGAAGGAGAGACUCAUGGUGUCUGAGGCCACAGUGCAGGCCCAGGCUGAACAGCUCAAAGACUAUAGAGACCUACUAACAGAGACAUCAGUGCAGCAGGACAGUAAGCAGGUCCAGGUGGAUCUCCAGGAUAUGGGUUAUGAGACGUGUGGCCGCAGUGAGAACGAGGCUAACAGGGAGGAGACCAGCAGCCCAGAGUUUGACGAUCUGGAGAUGUGCACGUCUCUGGAGUGCGGCGGCUCUCGGUGGUCAGGCACUGUGCAUCCUGGGAAGGCCGGCCCUCCAACAUCAACCUCAGAAGCUGACAACAUGACAUCUCUCCAGCGAUUGGUUGAGGACCUUCGCUCGCAGCUCUCCCGCUCUCAGACAGUGAUCCAGAGCCUCCAGGGCCGCCUGCACUCUCUUUCCAUCUCCAGCGAACUCUCCAUCGGCCCCUCCAUUCCCCGCAAGGUCAACUGGGGAGUCCAGUUCCAGGCCAAGCCCUCACAGAGCGGCCCAGAGGAGGACGAGGGCUGGGAGUCGUCUGGUGGUGGUCUGGGGCCCUCGCCGCACCACCCCAAACCUGACAAGGACCUCCAGGAGCUGGUGUCCCGCGUGGGAGCCCUGGAGGACCAGCUGAGAAAGGGCAAGGAAACCCCAAGGCCCACCGAGGAGGGCAAGGCUACCAGCUGGCCUGGGCCAGAGAAGUUUAACACUCUGAUCCAGGCCCAGGCCCGUGAGCUGUCCCACCUGCGCCAGAGGAUGCGUGAGGGGCGCGGGGUGUGCCACAUCUUGACCCAGCACCUGGGUGACACCACCAAGGCCUUCGAGGAGCUGCUUCGUGCCAACGACAUAGACUACUACAUGGGCCAGAGCUUCAGAGAACAGCUGGCACAGAGCAGCGCCCUGGCACAGAGAGUCGGCACCAAGAUCAGCGGACGAGACCAUCCCGAGAUUCCUGACGACAAGACUGGCACAGAGCUGCUCGCCAUACGGCUGAGUAAGGAGCUCCAACAGAAGGAUAACGUGAUCGAUUCUCUCCGCGCCAAACUCACCCAGCAUCAACCUCGUUCUGACACACCAUGCAGUAGCCACGCCCUCUCUGACACCACCGACCAAUCAGACCAGAUCUCCUUUGUGUCCGAUGAGCAGGGCUCCACCAAUGAGGAUCUGGAGCCGUGCUCAGACAUUGACGUGGCCAGUGAGUAUGGCCAGGAGGCCAGACAUGCCUCCACUAGAGCCAGUACAGAUUCUCACUGUAACAGUGUCCCCAUGUCACGCCACCCCUCCAUCCCUCCUUCCACCAGUUCAUUUCACGGACACCAGUCCUCCAUCAGCUGUCCCAGCCUGCAGCGGUCAGCGGACACACAGACACAGACAGACCUCUACAGUGGACCAGUGUCCAGUUCUCUCCCCACCCAGCCCCAGCCCCAGUCCCAGCCCCAGCCCCAGCCCCAGCCCCAGUCCCAGCCCCAGCCCCAUCCCCGCUACCACUCCGACCUCUCCUCUCAGAGAGUCCCCUUGUCCUUCAACCUCCAGACUGCAACCCUGCGACCCCGUUACCAUGGAAGCAGGCCUGGGGCUUUCUCCCUGGCAGAGGUUCACCAGGAGCUGCAGAUGUUACAGAGACAGCUGGGCGAAACUGAGCGUUUUUCCGUUCCUUCAGUCAAGCCGUUUGGUGGCUUCCCCAUGUCGGCCCACCCCCACCCACAGACAGACCCCUCCAGUUACAUGCCCCAGCCUCUGUCCUACCACACCUUCCACCCCGCUGGUCUGAAUGCUAGCCUCAAUGCUAGCCCUGCCAUGAAGGCAGGCGCCAGCCUCCUGGAGAGCAGUGCAAUGUGGGACAUGGCCUACGGUGCUCGCUCAAUGAGAGUUGGCACUGCCAAUUUGUCAUCAGGGUCGUCAGGUUACCAGUCUGGCACCAGCCUUACAGGUUCUGACCUGAUUAAAGAACACCUGAGCGAGAUCGGGAGUCUACGUCAACGCCUGGGGGAUUCCAUCCAGACCAACGACCUCCUCCGACAGCAGCUGGAGGAGGGACUGGUCGACCAAGCCAGAGGUGCUCCCACCAACAUCUACAUCCAGGGCUUGGACUCUAUCAGCCAGCUGUCCAGUGAGAUCAGAUUUCUGAAAGUGGAGAACCUCAGCCUGCAGGACCGACUCCAACAGGCCAGCAGAGACGGGAGUAAGGAGGGGGAGCAGCUGCGCGAGGCGGUGCUGUUAGGCCGUGCCCGUGUGAAGGAUGCGGAGUUAGAGACUGAGCGGUGGGCGGAACAGGGCAGGAGGCUGUACACGCAGACACAGGCUCAGACGCUGGAGAUCACUCAGCUGAAACAGGACAGGCAGAGCAACCAGGAGACCAUCAACAGGUUGCAGCACGAUGUGAAUGUCAAGCAGCAGCAGUUGUGUGAGAGCCGUAGCCUGGCCCACUCUCUACAGUAUGACCUCCAGAUAUACCACAGAGAGUGUGGCAUCCCCAAGAACACAAACACAAGUGAGGGGUCCCACUCGGGGGAGUCGGCAUCCUUUGACCCCAGGGACCUGCAUGUUCAGCUAGGGCAGCAGUUGACUUCUGGGACACGACCUCCUGGAGCCAGGAUACAGCUCUUCCACGACCCUGCUCUCUCUACCCCUGUCCGAGACACUGGACUCUUCAGCCCUGCUUCCCCUCUCUCCCUCACACUGGAACACCGGAAGGUUGACUUUUCUCUUGAGGGCCAGGCUCCAGACGGACCCUUCGCAAACCGUAAUGGCCACCAUGUUGUGGGCCACGUGGAUGACUUCAGCGCCCUGCAGCAGAAGAUCCUGGAGGGGUGUGUCCUCAUUGGAAAGAUGGAGGCUGCCCUCCGGGCCACCGCCAACCACGCCCUGCUGGAGCUCAGCCUGGACAAGCCUGUGGACCCUGGCUGUGUGAGGAGUAUGCUGACCUGCUCUACGACCCUGAGGAAGAUCCUUGAGGAUGCCAGCUCCCUGCUCAGAAUGUUCUGGAGGGCAGCACUGCCCAAUAGUGAGGGGUCCACUCAGAGCACCAAGACGGAGCUGUCUCUAAAGGAGGUCCACACGAUGCGUCAGCGGAUCUCAGAGCAGGAGGAGGCUCUAAAGGACGCCAUGGAGAGACUAAAAAGCUCCAACCGCACCAAAGACAGUAUAGAGCACUUCAUCGUCAGUCAACUGUCAAGAACAAAGGAUGUCUUGAAGAAAGCACGGACAAACUUAGAGGAGAACGAGCAGAGAAUGUCCUCCCUUGGCCUCACUUCUUUCCCCUCCUCCUCCUCCUCCUCUUCCUCCCAUCCCUGGGUUGGUAAAGGUGAAAACCCAAGAGGCUUCUGUGAGCUCACCCAGUCUGCUGGUUGGGGUAUCGUGAAACCCCAGAUCCAGGCUCCAUAAUCCAGGACCCCUACAGUCCUGUGGCCUAAUACCCAGGGUCUGACCCAUGGGGUUGACGUACCGCGUUCCCUACAGGCAGCUUCUUUGUGAUGCACCAGCUCCAACUUCCGCCUAAUACUGGGAGACAGGAUACUUCCUGUUGAAACACGGGACAUAAUCUCAGGUUUCUGGUUAAAUAAGGAGAACACUUUAGUUGAGGGGAGACUGUCUGAUAGUCAGUAGGGGUUCAGCCAGGUGCUCUCUGUGAUGCUGUUUUAUGCCAAGCGGAACAGUGAUUAAUGAAUGUUGACGACUGUCUUAUGUCAGGUGUUAUGUAUAGCUCAUGUAGGUGUUACGAAGGUACCUCAACUGAAGUGUUUCCCCUAUUUUACCUGAGACAUAUAUUAUGUUUUGAGCUCUAUAUGAAACCUCUUCAAGGAUCCUAUGACAAUCAACCUUGAACAAGCCAGGAAUAGAGGCUUUUAAAAAGCCAAACUAGACUAAAGUGCUUCCUUUUUGCUUCUAACAAGGCAAGUUUGUAAGUGUGUGUAUGUGUAAAGUAGUUGCAUGUUGUUUGAGGGGGAAAAAAGCCAUAUUUAUAGAUGUUAGAUACCCUGUUUCGUACGAUACUUCUUCUGCCAUUGAAAUGGUCUGUUACUGAUGUCACAAGAUGUAAACACUAUUCAGAUUUUAAAGAUCCUAUGGAUGGGUUGACCCUAGAACUGUCUUCCUGCUGAACUGCUCGAACCUGUAACCAUACUAAAGAUGUAAAGAUUGUUCCCAGCUUUAAAUCUAGUCUCUCGACCUAAGUCCUUAAAGCAGGCGGCAUACUGCUGCCAGCUGCAAUACAUUCAACUAUGACCUGCUGAUGUAUUCCAAUGACCUAUUUAAGAAAGUGACAGGAGCAUUUGGUGCUUGGUCCAAAAUAAGUUGUAAUUUUUAAAAUGUUUGAUUUUAAACAGAAAUGCCUCGGAGGCGAAUGGACCACACAAUGUUUUUUUCUCCAAAUUUGUAAAGUUGUUUUAAUUUGGGCUAACAUUUAAACCCUUCUAAGACAAAAAAAAUGUCAAUAUUAUUUUGAUUAGAUUUUUUAAAUUCUGUUAUGGUAACCAUAGAUGUUAUUUUCUAUUAACAAAACCUGUGACAAUCAUCAGCAGGAUAUGUGAAAACUUGGUUUCUUACACUGAGAUAUGCAAAGCUGUAUCUGUAUAAGAUGUACUGUAUGUACAUAAUGGCAGGGGCGUACAAUAAAACAGCUUUUUUUGUGUCAGGAAGAGGGGGUCAGGGGCUGAAUUUAUUUUUUAUGCAUGUGUAAUAUAUCAAAUCCAAUUUUAUUUGUCGAAUACCGUGAAAUGCUUACUUAUAAGCCCUUGUUGUUUUAGGGAGAAGCUUUUCAAUAAAACGGGACUAAAAUAUGAA